UAUAGGGCAAAACAUCUUAACACGUUCUGUUCACAGCCAUCGGUUCAGGCUAUAAUAAAGUCUGUGGCACAGAUAGUCUGUAUAAAAAGAAGUUCAAACCGCAUAGAGGGUGGACGAUUUUUCGUGGUGUAUUUGAACACGUCUUACAUGUGUGUGGUCACUGCUGCUCGCCGUGCUGUGAAUACUUGCUAUCCUCUGUAGUAUCACACGCACUUUGACAUCGGCGGGACGUAACAUAUCACAAAAGAUGGCUGAGACCGACGUUGACAAUGAACUUUUGGACUAUGAGGAGGAUGAGGAGCCCCAGGGAGCCCCCGAGAGUGGGACCCCAGCAAACAAGAAGGAAGUGAAGGGGUCCUACGUAUCUAUUCACAGCUCAGGCUUCAGAGACUUUCUCCUCAAACCAGAGCUGCUCCGUGCCAUUGUCGACUGUGGUUUUGAGCAUCCCUCAGAAGUCCAACAUGAGUGUAUUCCACAAGCUAUCCUAGGCAUGGACAUCCUGUGUCAGGCCAAGUCUGGUAUGGGAAAGACGGCAGUGUUUGUACUGGCUACGCUGCAACAGAUAGAACCUGUGGAUGGUCAGGUGUCUGUCCUUGUAAUGUGCCACACGCGAGAGUUGGCCUUCCAGAUCAGCAAAGAGUAUGAGCGCUUCUCAAAGUACAUGCCCACUGUAAAGGUGUCCGUGUUCUUUGGUGGCCUGGCCAUGAAGAAGGACGAGGACGUCCUGAAGAAGAACUGCCCUCACAUUGUUGUAGGAACUCCAGGACGUACCCUGGCCCUCAUUCGCAACAAGACCCUCAAUGUGAAGAACAUCAAACACUUUGUGCUUGACGAGUGCGAUAGGAUGCUGGAGCAGCUUGAUAUGAGGCGUGAUGUCCAGGAAAUCUUCAGGGUGACACCCCAUGAGAAACAGGUUAUGAUGUUUAGUGCAACGCUAAGCAAAGACGUCCGCCCUGUCUGCCGCAAGUUCAUGCAGGAUCCCAUGGAAGUGUUUGUGGAUGAUGAGACCAAGCUGACACUCCAUGGCUUACAGCAGUAUUACUGCAAGUUGAAGGACAGCGAGAAAAACCGAAAGCUCUUUGACCUGCUCGACGUCUUAGAGUUCAACCAGGUGGUCAUCUUUGUUAAGUCAGUGCAACGCUGUGUGGCUCUGUCCCAGCUGCUGGUGGAGCAGAACUUCCCUGCCAUCGCCAUCCACAGGGGCAUGGCGCAGGAGGAGCGGUUAUCCCGAUACCAGCAAUUCAAAGACUUUCAACGGCGAAUCCUGGUUGCCACCAACCUGUUUGGCCGAGGCAUGGACAUUGAGCGAGUCAACAUUGUCUUCAACUACGACAUGCCAGAGGAUUCUGACACAUACCUUCACAGAGUUGCCCGUGCUGGCAGGUUUGGGACCAAAGGCCUGGCUGUCACCUUUGUGUCUGACGAGGAUGACGCCAAGACCCUGAACGAUGUCCAAGACCGCUUUGAGGUCAACGUAGCGGAGCUACCAGAGGAGAUCGAUAUCUCCUCCUACAUUGAACAGUCAAGAUGAACCUGAAAUGUCUUUCCAGUGAAGAUCGUGUGUGUGAUCCUUGGUGUUGCUGUAUUUUGGUGGAGG